ACUCUAAAAAAACCACCGCGCAAUACUUAAAUCAAAGUCAAAUUAGAAAAUAUUCAUCUCUCCUCUCAACGUUGGGUGUGUUUUUCGGCAAGAUCAUCGUGAACAGAAAAAAGUAAAUAAAUUAUAAUUAAAUUUAAAGCGACUGCAACUGUACGGAAUUUUUAACGCGUCGAAAUGGUGCGAGGAUCAGCUAUCGGAAUCGACUUAGGUACAACUUACUCUUGUGUUGGCGUGUGGCAGCAAGGAAAGGUGGAAAUAAUAGCAAACGAUCAAGGGAAUCGAACAACCCCAAGUUAUGUGGCCUUUACGGAUACCGAACGGCUGAUAGGAGAUGCUGCUAAAAACCAAGUCGCCAUGAACCCGAACAACACGGUAUUUGAUGCGAAAAGACUGAUCGGCAGGAAAUAUGACGAUCCGAAGAUCCAGCAGGACAUGAAACUGUGGCCUUUCACAGUGGUGAGCGAUAAAGGAAAACCGAAAAUUCGAGUGGAGUUUAAAGGUGAAACGAAAACCUUUGCUCCUGAAGAGAUCAGUUCCAUGGUUUUGACGAAAAUGAAGGACACAGCUGAGGCAUAUUUGGGGAAGAGUGCUUCUGAUGCCGUUAUUACCGUUCCGGCAUAUUUUAACGACAGCCAAAGACAAGCUACUAAAGAUGCCGGAACUAUCGCUGGAAUCAACGUUCUGAGAAUAAUAAACGAGCCGACAGCAGCCGCUCUUGCUUAUGGCCUGGACAAGAAUCUAAAAGGAGAGAAAAACGUCCUCAUUUUCGACCUGGGCGGAGGAACUUUCGACGUUUCCAUACUAACUAUCGAUGAGGGGUCGCUUUUUGAGGUGAAAGCCACCGCGGGCGAUACUCAUUUGGGAGGCGAAGACUUCGACAACCGCCUGGUCAACUAUUUCUGCGAGGAGUUCAAGAGAAAAUACAAAAAAGACUUGGGCAACAAUCCUCGAGCCUUGCGGCGCUUGCGAACUGCUGCGGAAAGGGCAAAACGUACAUUGAGUUCAAGCACAGAAGCCUCGUUGGAGAUUGACGCCCUCUUUGAGGGCGUGGACUUUUACACGAAAAUUUCCCGGGCACGCUUUGAGGAGCUGAACGCCGAUUUGUUCAAAAGCACACUGGCACCAGUGGAAAAAGCCCUCAAAGACACCGGCAUGGAUAAGGCCAGUAUCCACGAUGUGGUGCUAGUAGGAGGUUCUACAAGAAUACCCAAGAUCCAGUCGCUGCUCCAAAACUACUUCAAUGGAAAGAGCCUGAACUUGAGCAUCAAUCCUGAUGAAGCCAUAGCGUAUGGGGCAGCAGUACAAGCGGCGAUUUUGAGCGGCGAUCAAAGCUCGAAAAUUCAGGACGUCCUGCUGGUUGAUGUAAUUCCCCUGUCUUUGGGCAUCGAAACGGCAGGAGGCGUGAUGUCGAAGAUUGUGGAAAGAAACGCCCGAAUUCCCUGCAAACAGACGCAGACUUUCACGACUUAUGCAGACAACCAGCCAGCUGUAACAGUCCAAGUGUUUGAAGGAGAAAGAGCCAUGACUAAGGAUAAUAACUUGCUGGGUACAUUUGAUUUGUCCGGAAUCCCUCCAGCCCCCAGAGGCGUGCCCCAAAUCGAUGUGACUUUCGAUUUGGACGCCAACGGCAUUUUGAAUGUGGCUGCAAUCGAAACUGGAACUGGAAAAUCGAAAAACAUCACUAUCAAGAACGAUAAGGGCCGCUUAUCGCAAAGAGAUAUUGAGCGAAUGCUUGCUGAAGCUGAACGAUACAAGGAAGAAGAUGAUUUGCAACGGGACCGAGUGGCCAGCAAGAAUAAACUGGAGAGUUACGUCUUUGGCAUUCGCCAAGCCGCAGAUGAUGCCGGUCCGAAACUGACCGAAUCGGAGAAGCGAAAGGUUCAAAAGGAAUGCGACAAUUGCGUUCAAUGGCUGGACAACAAUCAAUUGGCGGAAAAAGAGGAAUAUGAGGAUCGAUUGAGGGCAGUUGAAAACUUGUGCAGUCCCAUAAUGGCAAAAUUGCAUCGAGGCAGCAAAGGGCCCAGCGGGGAGCAGGAUGGCCCCACUAUUGAGGAAGUCGAUUAAAAAAUUUGCUUUGUUCA